GGUGCGUCGUGUUGGUAAGGGGUGGGGCCCUUUCCUAGGGCCGUUUCAACCUCCCACUCCGCCCCUGAACAAACGCUACCCCUUCCACAUCAGCAACACAGGGAAGCUUUGAGCAUGCUCAAAAUUCACUAUCGAGCCGCUGCCAUUGUCGGCACUGGGCAUGCCCGAGAUACUCGCGGAACGCCAAGAAUCCUCCGCACGUGCCCAAUCGUGCCCGGCUCCGAGUCCGCCUUCCUGCAGUCUAACCCGGAAGUUAAACGUGUUCUGAAUGAGAGGGAGGGGGCUUGCGUAGGACGCGGGGAUCCCCUGCGGACAGAGGGGUUGAGAGACCCGCGAGGUGAGAUGGGUGGCCGGUGACGCGCCCUUCCCGUUUGCUUCCCUGCCCCGCGGCCUUUCUCCUGCCCGGCUAUGGCGCCGAUGGGGAUCCGGCUCUCUCCGCUGGGGGUGGCCGUGUUCUGCUUGCUGGGCUUCGGUGUGCUCUACCACCUUUACUCGGGCUUCCUCGCCGGCCGCUUCGCCUUCUUCAUGCCGGGUGGACCCGCAGUCGAGGCGGGCCAUGUGGAUCUGCGGGAGCUGCUGGCCGCCUCGGUGGUGGCGGCCGUCAAAGGCGGCGAGGAAGUGAAGCUGGUGCGAGAAGCCAACAACCUGCACGAGAAAGCCAAAGGCAAGACUCGCGAAGGGGCCGACGAGAUGCUGACUUUCGGAGACCUGCAUUCCAACCGCAAGAUGUACUACUUGCUGAAAACAGCUUUCCCUGGCGUGCAGAUAAACACAGAAGAACAUGUAGAUGCAGAUGAGCAGGAGAAAAUUUUUUGGGAUCACAGCAUUCCUGAGGACAUCAAGAGAAAAAUUCAGCCCAUGCUGGUCCAAGCAGACAGUGUUACUGUAUGGAUUGAUCCUCUGGAUGCCACUCAAGAAUACACAGAGAAUCUUCUGCAGUAUGUUACUACAAUGGUGUGCGUAGCUGUAAAUGGUAAACCAGUUAUAGGAGUGAUACACAAGCCUUUCUUUGCAUACACAGCCUGGGCAAUGGUAGAUGGCGGAUCAAAUGUUAAACCACGUUCUUCCUAUAACGAGCAAACUCCAACAAUCAUUGUCUCCCGGUCUCAUGCAGGGACAGUUAAGCAAGUAGCUUGGCAAACAUUUGGAAAUAAAUCUGUGAUAAUUUCAGCAGGUGGAUCAGGCUAUAAAGUUCUGUCUCUCCUAGAUGUGCCUGAUGUAAACCAGGAAAAAGCUGAUGUGUAUAUUCAUGUAACGUACAUCAAAAAAUGGGACAUAUGUGCUGGCAAUGCAAUGCUGAAAGCAUUGGGAGGUAAAAUGACUACCUUGGCCGGGGAGGAAAUCAGUUACACUGGCUCAGAGGACGUUGAAGAUGGGCUCAUAGCCAGUGUAAAUAUAAAUCACCAGAGACUGGUGGAAAAACUUCCUGUUUUAGACAAGACUUCACAGAAUUAAAUUCUGGAGAGUGAACAAAUCAUGCUUCUGGAGCCUCAAAAUGGUCAUUAGGGAGAAAUAUAAAAUUGACCUUUGAAAGACAGUACACUAAAGGAAAUGUUCUUUUGGAGGACUACAUAGACCAUCAUUCAGCAGUAUUUGAGAUUACUGGACCACAAGGUAUUGUCAUGCCUCAGUGUCCACCUUUAAUUUCUGAGACUUUUUCACAACCAGCGAAAUCAAUGCUUGUAAUAAACAAAGCACAUUGCAAAUUUGUUCUGGUGACCCCUCAUGUUUUGUAUUCUUUGUGUAAUCCAGCAGAAAAAUGGUUUUGGUUAUUUAAAAUCCAUGGACAGUGCAUGAUUUCUUUUUCUUUGGAUUACAAAUUACAGGAAGGCUGAAGCGUUUUCAUGUGGUAACUAUUCACCUUGGCUUCAGUUUUAAAUGAUAAAGGAAAUGUUUGGUUCUGUUUUAAUGUUUACCUGAAAUUCAAACCAGCUUAAUAUGGGUGAGAAAAUUGUUUAUAUUUGUGUGAUUUUAUUACAGCAUUUUCUGUGUAUCAUUUUCAAAGAAAAUGUGUUCUUUGAACACUGAAUAAUUGAAUAUUGCCAUUCUUUUCAGUAUAAGAUGUUAUGUUUUUCACAGUGUUGAACGUAUAAAAUAGCCAUCUGUCUUUGGUGAUCGUUUACUUACUAAGCUACUUGAUUUUUGUUAACAUAAAAUGGAGAUCAAAUGUUAAUGAAAUUAAGGAAUCUAAAGUGUCUUGCUGGCUGUUGUAUUGUAGAAAUUUGGUUUAAAUGAUGCACUUCACUGUUAGGGUUCUUGGUUAAAAAGUCCCACAUAGUGAUUGUAGAAAUGAUCAAGAAUUCACAAGAAUGCUUAACACCACUCCAUUCCCUUAAAUUAAUGUAUGAUAAACAACACACAAGUUUUUCUUAUUGAGGAUGGUAGUAUGGUAAGCAAGUGGCAGUUGAAACAAUAUCUGAGCAGACAAAAUUAGGUUUGUGAGCUUGGUUUAAUUGGUUAAUCAAAACUUUGUCGUUUGUAUCAUCCUUUCUUAACUGGUGGUGUUGACAAGCAAAAGCUCUGGGCCUGAUUCAUAGUAACAUACAGGCCAUACAGCGUUUUCAGCUUAAUUUUCUCAAAUGUGGCAAAUGCCAAAUAAAAGUAUUGUGACUCAACUCUAUGUGAGGUGAACAGACCAGCUUAUGUAAACUGAAGAAAAAUGUUGAUCGUAUUUACAUAUACUUUUUAAGUAUAGCCCCUGUUGGUGUUCUAAUUUUGGGAGUUUAACUUUUAAAAACAGGCAGUUGACAAAAAAAAUCAUGACUUGGUUAAUUCUACUGAGAAAACUUCCAAAGUAAACACUAGAAGGUUCCAAAAGUGAAUUUUGCUGGAAUGCUAUUUCUGUCUUUUUAAAUGGAUUCUAUGAAUGUGGUGUGAAAAUGACACGUGUUCUCCCUUAUGAAGCCAUUGAUAGAGUAGUUCAGUUUCAUGGAGCAAUAAUUCUUUACACUGGACUGUUUGAAAAUUAAAUAUUUCACAAAUGAAAUUAAGUGGUAGUACAGACAGUUUCUAAUAACUAUGUUAGAAGUGAUGGAUCAAUACUCUCAACUUGGGUCUUAACAGCAAACAAUUUGUGGAUUGUUUAAAUUUUAUACUUGUGUAUUUAGGUUUCCCUUUCAGGUGUCAUUCUUGGAGCCUGCAUCCUGAAUAAUGCUGCGAAUCUGGAUAGUAGUGUAUUGCUAUGUAGUGCAACACUGGGAAAAUCAUCUUUAACAGAAUUGUGUUCAGCAGCAACAGAACACCAGUAUUAUGUUUCUUCAGAUUCUGGAGUUUAUUUUUUGGCCUUUUUGAAUAGAAUGGACUCUGAGUUGGAUUGACCUUUGUGUCUCCUUCCUACAUCAAAUGUGCUGUCAUUUCCACAGGCUCCAGCUGCUGUCUCUUCCACAUGUUUGUGGGGGUAGUGUCUGUGGGACCUGUAGCAGAGAGCUGGGCCUUGGGCAGAGCCCUUCCGGUUUUUGAAAGUGUGACACAGCUUGGAGAUUUGGGGGAAGGUUGAAGGGCUGUCUUGCCCUUCAUGGUUUGAACAUUCAUGCCAUUAUUGCCUCUGGCAAAUAGACUUAAUAGUUUUUGUAUUGGAAUAACUUGCAAAACUUUCUGACCAAAGCCUUACACAUAAAAAUGAAAUAAUGUCAAAAGCUACAUUUUCUACAUACACUAAAUUAAAAUAGGUUUUUUAUAUUUCUUUGGGGGGAAUUUGGAGGCAGACAAGACUGUACUUUAUCUCCAUGCAUAUAUGAGGGGUUUCAGUGCAAGAAAAGAUAUUUGCUAAUGAUAUUGCUCUGUUCUGUCCAGGAACAAAUAACUGCAAAUGCAAUUGCUGCUACUAGACUAUAAUGGAAGGGUUUGUUCUUGUUGUUUUUUGCUUUAUCCAUUACUAGUUCCAAAUGGUCAACUGAAGAAUGAAUCCCAAUUUCAGAUCUGAAUGUAUGAACAUCUGAUCUCAAUAACUGCAAGCUGUAAAAGAAGCGUGUAAUUAAUUUGUCUGAGUUUUGCUCAUAAAGGUAGCAAGACAUGUCAGAAGUAUCGUGGUGUAGAGACAGUACACUAUGCUAGGUAGAGUCAAGAUUCCCAACUCUGGACCCUCAAUGUUUUCAUUAGAGUUUCUCCUGCAACUUCUUUAGAACUUUUAGCUUUGAACUACUGCACUAUGAAUGAAUGCUACUGUUCUUUUUUAGAAGUAGCAGUCCCCAGCCCCUACUAUUGUUGCAUUUGCUUUGCUAGUAGACCAGAGGCUGAAUUUACAUGGUUUUCAAGGAUCAGACCUACCAAAUCAUAUUAGCUCUUUUCCUCUGUCCUCUCCAAUGGCUCUCUGCUUCAGCAAAGUUUUUAAAAUCUGGUUGAAACCAACAGAAUUACAGUACUGAUUAUGACCUUUCCACUAACUGAUGUGAUAAGAGCUGUGUGUGACUGGUUGUAAUGUUGAAUGUUCCAUUUAGUAUUGAAAAGGGUGCUCUGUAGAGCUUCUGUGUGUAUCCCUUUAAGACUGGACUGUGCUAACUCACAGUACUAUAGUGUAUAUGGUAUCCUGUUAUAAUCCUUGCCUAGAUUUGUAAAAGGGGCCAACUAUCUGAUAAUUGCACUCUUUAACAUUAUUUUCUGAGACAUAAUUGUAAAAACUACACAAUGAUGUUUUAAUGUAUUUGAGCAAAGUUUGUAGUCUGUUUUCAGAUAUGAAAUUGGAUCCAGAUUUCCACUGCAUAACCCACUCAUUCAAAGAAAAGAGAAAGGGGUAUCUUUGCCAGUUCUCCUUUCUCCCUGCAGCCCUCCUCCUUUCAUCCCUGCAGUUUCAGAACAUAUCCAGAACCUCAGCAGCUUAUUUGUUUAUAAGAAGGGGAAGAAGGUAUAGGCCCAUUCUCUUCAUUGUUCUGUGGAUUCAAUGUGCUACACUGAAGAGGAGGGAAGCAAGUGCCCGAGGGAAUUGCACAUCUAAAAUUCUGUCCAUGUGAUGUGUAUCUCAUUGCAGAAAUAAUACUUUUUUCUUCCAGCGUAGGUCAGUGUGUCACCUGCUUCCCCCAGUUCAGCAUAACAUCCAAAGCUGUAGUCUCUCAGGCCUGAAAGACUACUUUUUAAAACUUGAUUACUAGUCAUUUGUGCCAUGGUUAACAAAAAUUGAGUUAAUAUUGCUGUAUUGCUUUUCAUUACCAGUCAGCAUUUUCCCAUGAUGGGCCAGCACUAGAAUAUAUUGAUUCCUGUUUAUGUUUUGAGUAAGUUUAGGGUACAUGGGGGGGGACCCCAUUGUCCUCACAUUCUAAUUUGCAUUUCUUGAGUCCUGAACACUUUCCGAAUAAACAAAUAAAAUGGAUGAAUACCCUGUAUUAUUAAA